AUGGGGCAAAACAAGGUUUAUCUGUUGGUUUUCUGGGCAUUGCUUCUGAUAAUAGUUUCUGGAGAAGAUGAAAUAGGCACAUCAAAAGAGUGUGAAGAUGCUCCUUUUGUUCCACGAUACAAUCUUGCUGGAGAGGGAUUUGAUGUUGUGACCCUGGAGCGCAAAGGUACUUACGUAAUCAACAUGGAAAAAUGGGAUUUAGGGAACAGCACUUGUGCACUGGUAGAAAAUGAUUAUUUGCCCGGGAAAAAACAGAAGCUACCCGUUGCAGUUAAGUUCUGGAGGACCUUGCCAAAGUGUUCAAUGAAAGUCUCCAGUCAGAUCUUUGAAUCAAGUGAAGCAGUGGUCAAUGAUUCGUCAUCAGCUCUCUCGGCCAGCUGGAAAGUGGGUAUAGAUGUCAAGGCGGUUGGAGCUGCAGUUGGAAGCACUCAUUCCAGAGAAGCAAAAUUUGCAAUGACAAAAUCAAAAGAAGACAAAUACAGUUUCACCAAACAUCAAGUUGAAUGCAGUUUUUACAGAUAUAAUGUAGCCGAAAAUCCUCCUCUUCAUGCUGAAUUUCUUGAAGCAAUCAAAUCCCUCCCUGCGUCCUAUGAUCGAGAUGCCUACCGCAGCCUGAUCUAUACAUACGGCACUCACUAUACCACAAAUGUAAAGUUAGGAGGGCAAAUUAAAGCCAUAACAGCCAUUAAAACCUGUCAGGCAGCAGUUAGUGGACUUACAGACACUGCAAUCAAAGACUGUUUGGAUGUAGAAGCCUCAGGUUCAUACAGUGUAGCAACUGUGAAAGCAGAGGCUCAUUUUUGUAAAGAACAACAAAAGAAAAUGGGCACAAAUCAGAAGUUUAGCAGCAUGUUCAGUGAGCGUCAGACAGAUAUCAUCGGAGGAAACAUAAAUGGAGAACAUCUGCUUUUUUCUGGUUCAUCACACCCAAAUGCUCUUAAUAGCUGGCUUGAGUCUUUAAAGAGCCUCCCUGAUGUUGUGCAGUACUCUCUGAAGCCCCUCCACUUCUUACUGAGUGCUAAACACCCUGCCAGAAAAGGGCUGAAGAAAGCUGUUGAAGAAUACAUCAUUGAAAAUGCCCUCAUGAAGAUUUGCUCUGAGCCUUGUAAGAUGGGUAGAGAGGGAAGUGCAAGAGAUCGUUGUGCAUGUGUUUGUGAAAGUAGUCAAGUUAUAAAGUCCAACUGCUGUCCAGCUGAAAACGGACUUGCCACCCUGAAGGUCUACAAUCUCAGAGCCAACGGUCUGUAUGGAGAUGUAAGAACUCAAACAGACGGCACUGUAUUAGUUAAAUAUGGCAAAACAAUCAAGCGCACUGAAACUAUUGAUAAUAAUGACAAUCCACGAUGGCGAGACACGUUUGACUUUGGUCCUGUUAAGAUCACCAUGGCCGAAAGACUAUGUUUUGAAGUAUAUGAUGCAGAUAGCAACUGGAACAGUGAUCUUCUUGGUAAAUGCUCUUUUAAACUUAGAAGUGGAGUUGUCACUGACGCUUGUGUUUUUAAUUAUGGCACCUUCUUUUUUACCUACGAGGUGAAAUGUGCACCUAGUCUACAGGGCCCACAGUGUAACGAACACAAACCUUCACCAAUGGCUGCCCAUCUGGCUGACAUUUUCAGCUCAAGAAACGGUGUUCUGGUCAAAGACAUGCCCAGGCUAGAAUUAGCUCUCAAUAACUCAGAUAAAAUCAACCUCAAGCAUGCUCAUGAAAAGAUUACAAUGCUGUGAACUGCACUUUAAUCUUUA